AUGAGAGUGCCCUACCGCAGCCAUAAUGAAGCUCCUCCUGGCUCAGAUCUAUUUAACGACACAUCAGGGCGAUGGAUUUACGACGAACACCUCCGCAAAUCUCAACGACGGCGACCGUUCAACGUAGAUGAGCUGAAACGUCUGGCUGCAUCCUCAAUCAAUGCCCCCGCGUCGGAGGUCGUGGAUCUACAGAAACUCGGCGAGGGCGGCUUCAACCGCACCUUUCUCGUCACCAUGCGUGAUGGCUUCCAACUCGUGGCACGCAUUCCUUACCCCGUCACGGAGCCCAAGUACCUCUUAGUCGCGAGUGAGGUAGCUACCAUCAAUUAUCUACGCCGCCGGGGGUUCCCUGUACCUCGCAUCUACGGAUACUCAGCGACAGCGGAUAAUGCCGCGGGCACGGAGUAUAUCUUCAUGGAACGCGCGUCGGGACGGUCUUUGACUGAGCGUUGGUUCGACUUAUCCGAAAAGGAGCUGGCAGGGUUAGUGGAAAAGCUUGUUGCGUGGGAGGCGAGGCUGUUUGCGCUCGAGUUCCCGGCUAGUGGGAGUAUCUUCAUGGAGCGGGACCUGCGGUGCAUGGAGACGGUGCCUAUUCCGGGCGAGGAGGGCUUCGUGCCAGAAGGCCAAUUUUGCAUUGGACCCGAGGUCACAAGGGGUCUCUGGUUGGGACAACGACGCAUUUUGCCCGUUCACCGAGGACCAUACACGAGCCCGGUGGAGGCGCUGACUGCCGGCGCUAGGAAGGAGAUUGCCUAUCUCGAAGAAUAUGGUCAGCCGGUGCAAUCGUCGAAACAUCGGUCACCUCAUCAACCAUAUAAGCAGUCGCCCAGAGAGUAUAUCAAUAGUCUCGCUGAUUAUCUUCGAAUUGCACCGUACUUAGUUCCGAGCGAUACGUCCCUAACGCGACAUACGAUUCGUCAUCCAGAUCUGCAGCCCAGUAACAUCUUUGUCGACGAUGAUCUAGAAAUCACGGCCCUGAUCGACUGGCAAUAUACUAACAUUCGCCCACUGUUCUUACAGUGCGGAGUUCCGACCAAUCUCCAGAGCGCGGAUGGUGAUAGUCCUAAUCUGCUGCAAGAACCAAGUUUGCCAGAGAGGUUGGACAUGCUAAGUGAAGCGGAGAAAAGCCGCGAACGGGAGCUUUUUCGCAGCCGCUGGCUGCAUUACUGCUAUCUCAACUCAACAGCCAAGCUCAAUCGGCCCCACCAGGCGGCCUUGACGGGAGAUCUGGGGGUGUUGAGGCAAAAAUUGUGCAAUCAGGCUGCUGUUCCCUGGGAUGGGGACAAUGUCACCCUCAAAGCAGACUUGAUUCAGUUGACGAUGAAUUGGGAACGACUGGCGCGGUCGGAAGAUAGCGAUGACUCGACCUGUCCGAUCACGUAUGAUAAGGACGAGGCGAACAAGUGUUUAGAGCUGAGUUCUGCGCAGAUGGAGUUCAAUGAGCAAGACCAAUGGUCGAGGCACGCACUAGGUGUCGGGUCUGAGGGAUGGGUGCCAGCUGAGCGGUACGAGUAUGUAAAAGCAUGCGAAGAGCUUUUGAGAGUUGAUGAAUUUGCUGCUGCUGGUUCUGGUAGAGAACGAGCUCUAGGAUGUUGA